AUGUUGGAAGGUUUCAUACAAUGCAUAAAAAAGUGUUUUAGUAAUCUAUAUAGUAUAACUAUUGUAGCCAUAGUAAGUAUAAUUGUACUUGUAAUAAUAAAUGUCCUACCUAAGUUACUACAGAAAGAGACAAGUAGACCUAAUCAAGUUAUAAAAAACAGAACUGAAGAAGUAUUUGAAAAAGUAGAAAAAGAUGCAGAGGAUGUAAGUAGUGAUAGUGACACGUCUUCAAGUAUUGAAGUUAUUAAAGAGGAAGUGUGUAUUGACAAGACAGAUAAAGUGGAUGAUGAUUCACUAGAAAAUUAA